UUCUGCUAAAUGAACCCGUGGACUAGUAUUAGUUUAUCGCAGUGUAUUUAUUUUAGUACAACAGAGCUUUUGGAAGAGCUCUUCAAGGACUAGUAGCGUCGAGUGAGAGUUUUUUCGUGUGUGCUGCCGCGGCGGCGCUAUGGAGAAGCAGUCGAGGUGGUCGGAACAGCGGUCGGAGCAGCGCUCGGAGCAGCGCUCGGAGCGGCGCGAGCACGUAGUGCAGCAACAACGCACCGAGCACCACUUCACGCAGCAGACGAUGCAGCAAGUGGAGAGCGCUGUUGAGGACCGACUACCUAUUACUUCUGGCAGAAUAGGCGAUCCUUCUCCGCCAAUAUUUGAGCAAAUAUUUAAAAAUGCGAGGUUUGCACAAGGCGGAAAUGCAAAAUUUGAAGGGAAACUGAGAGGUAACCCCAUUCCCGUGGUUUCAUGGACCAGAAAGAAGGCACCUUUAGUGGAAUGUAAUAAAUAUAGUAUGAGCUACAAUGAACAGACUGGAGAUGUUUCCUUAUUAAUAAAGCAAAUAGGACCUGGGGAUGAGGGUGAAUAUACUUGCACAGCACGAAACCAGUAUGGAGAAGCAAUUUGUUCAGUUUAUAUACAACCCGAAGGCGUUCCAGUUCCAACGCAGCGAGCUUCUCAACAACAGAGCUACAGACAUGUCAGUGAAAGUGUCGAACACAAAUCAUACGGAACUCAAGGUUAUACUUCAGAGCAGAGUCGUCAAUCACAAAAAUACGCGUACACAAAUGGUUCGGAAUUUUCAUCUGUUGAAGACUUUAAAGUAGAUACAUUUGAAUAUAGGCUUUUGAGAGAGAUUUCUUUCAGAGAAAGCAUCACAAAGAGGUAUAUGGGUGAAAACGAUAUUCAAAUAAAUACGGAAAUUGAUAAAAACCUUGGACCAGUAUCGCCACCCAAGAUAUUCCAGAAACCUAGAAAUUCCAAACUGCAAGAAGGUGCAGACGCUCAAUUUCAGGUACAGUUGUCUGGUAAUCCUAGACCACGUGUAUCCUGGUUUAAAAAUGGGCAGAGAAUAAUAAACUCAAGCAAACAUAAUAUCAUAACUACAAAUAACCAAACAAUUCUUAGAAUAAGAAAUAUUCAAAAGUCGGAUUAUGGUCACUAUACACUUUUAGCAGAAAAUCCGAAUGGUUGUAUUGUAACUUCGGCAUAUCUUGUAGUGGAAUCCCCUCAAGAAACAUAUGCUCAAGAACAAAGAUCGCAAUAUACAGAUACUCAACAAGUCGAGACUGAAAGAAUAGAAAUUAGUGAAAAGGCUCUCGCUCCGCAAUUUGUAAAAGUCUGCCAAGAUAGGGAUGUCACAGAAGGCAAAAUGACGCGAUUCGAUUGCCGCGUUACUGGCAGACCUUACCCUGAAGUCACGUGGUUCAUUAACGAUAAACAAAUUCGAGACGAUUAUAAUCAUAAGAUACUAGUAAACGAAUCGGGUAAUCAUGCUCUUAUGAUUACAAACGUUAGUCUUAAUGAUAGCGGUGUAGUAACCUGUAUAGCGCGUAACAAAAGUGGAGAAUCAUCUUUUCAAUGUCGAUUAAACGUUAUUGAAAAAGAGCAAGUUGUUGCUCCAAAAUUUGUUAAGCGUUUUAGUACACUCAGUGUACGAGAAGGAGAACCUGUACAGCUGAGUGUGCGUGCUGUUGGCACUCCUAUACCGCGUAUCACAUGGCAGAAGGACGGCGUACCGAUUAUACCCAAUCCAGAAUUACGAAUUCAAUCUGAGGGUGGGGCCUCGACAUUAGAUAUACCGCGAGCCAAGGCGUCGGAUGCGGCAUGGUACCAAUGUACGGCUCAAAAUGUCGCAGGGUCCACCGCCACUCGGGCGAGGCUGUAUGUUGAAGUGCAAAAAGAGCCUGCGCCUGAGCAAAAACGUUUGCACUUACCGCGGCCUACGAAAAUAAUUGAACCCGAGCCCGCUCCGGGACCAGAAAUUAUUUAUUUAAGGCAUGUGGAAAGGGCCCGACCUUAUGUUCCCCCUGGUGAGGAAGACCGGGUUUAUCCUUCACCACAGUUCAUUGUACCCCUUAAAAGUGUAACUCAAAUGGAAGGUGGAAAAAUUCAUUUCGAGACAAGGAUAGAACCGGUUGGUGAUCCUUCGAUGAAAAUUGAAUGGUUGAAGAACGGACAAAGUAUAGAAGCCAGUUCGAGAUUCACUUCAGUGUUCCGUUUUGGAUAUAUUUCUUUAGAUAUGUUGAGUCUUAAUAUACAAGACAGUGGUGAAUACACUUGCAGAGCUGUCAGUGCUACAGGAAUGGCAGAGACAAAAGCAAUUUUACAAGUGACACCUCGAGCAACCAUCGAGAGGACUAGUCAACAUCCAGAGAGUCUACAAUAUAUACAGCAACUGGAAGAUUAUUCGAAAUAUCAACACCAAGAAUCUAUUGAAGAACAAACAUUACAAAGACCUCAGUUUAUUAGGACGUUACAAAAUCUUGGGGAGCUACAAGAAGGAAAAAAUGCACAUUUUGAAGCACAACUGACACCUGUAAGUGACCCUACAAUGAGAGUAGAGUGGUACAAAGAUGGUAAGGCCAUUACAGCGAGCUCGCGAAUCACAGCAAUCUUCAACUUCGGCUACGUCUCCCUUAACAUCAUGCACCUACGGGCUGAAGAUGCAGGUUCGUAUACAGUGAGAGCUGUGAACAGGCUAGGUGAAGCUAUUAGUACCGCUACUAUUCAAGUUGCAGCGAGAAGCACAGUUACUUCAGAUCUAGGAAUACCGGAACAAAGAAGGUAUAUUGAACAAACUGAACAAUUAGAAGCAUAUCAACAUCAACAACACCAAAAAUACUAUCAAGAAGUUCCAGAAAGUACACAGAGGCCAGAAUUUAAAACACCAAUAAAAGAUCAAAUAAACGUAAAGGAGGGUGGCUUUGCUCAUUUUGAAGCUCGUCUUGAACCGGUAGGAGAUUCAACAUUAAAGGUAGAAUGGUUUAAAGAUGGCCGUCCUGUUGAAGCUAGCUCGAGAAUAACUACUUUCUUUAAUUUUGGUUACGUAGCAUUAACGAUUAAGUCAGUUACCGCACAUGAUGCAGGCCACUAUACAUGCCAGGCUUAUAAUGCAUUAGGUCAGGCGACGACUAGUGCAAAUCUUUCAAUUAUCACGAAGAAAGAUAUAAUUGCCGAAUCUCAACAUCCCGGAGGACUAGAGAAAAUUCAAUAUUUGGAAGACUCGAGUAAAUAUUCUAGAAGAGCUGAAGAGGAAGUGAAAAUAAGUCAGAAACCAAGAUUUUUGGGACCCCUAAAAGGGACCAAUAAAAUUGUAGAAGGCCAAAGUGCUCAUUUUGAAGCUAGGGUGGAACCUCAAAGUGAUUUGACUAUGACAAUUGAAUGGUAUUUUAACGGAAAGCAAAUAAAGUCCGCUAAUCGAAUUCAAACAUAUUAUGAUUUCGGGUACGUGGCUUUAGACAUAUCUAAUAUCCGCUCCGAAGAUUCUGGAGUUUAUACAGUAAUUGCACGUAAUAGUGCUGGUGAAGCUCAAUUGAGUUCUUCCAUGAUGGUCGAAACACGGUCAAGUAUUGACACUUCAAGCAUUCAUCAUGGAUUAUAUGAAAAGACGAAACAAAUAGAGGAAUCAAAAUUUGUUGAACCUAUUUACCAUAUAGAGGAAAUUUCAAAAUCCAAACCGGUUUUUGUACAACCUUUGUCAGACCCACAGCCAGUAUCUGAGGGCAAAAAUAUUCAUCUUGAAUGUCGACUAGAACCAAUGGGCGACCCCACUAUGCGCGUCGAAUGGUUCCACAAUGGUAGAGCAGUAACUGUUGGCUCUCGCUUUAGAACUUACUACGAUUUUGGUUUACUUGCGUUAGAUAUCAUACAUGCAACAUCAUCUGAUUCGGGUGAAUAUACUGCCAGAGCUGUUAAUCAUUUAGGAUCUGCACACACAUCAGCAAUGGUACGUGUUAUUGAAAGAUCCGACAUCUUGACUGAUACACAAAACGAACAAGCAGUUGAACAAAUUCAGAUUCUAGAAGAUGCAUCUCGUCGUAACAGACAAAUACAGGAAGAUAUCACAGUUAUGCAAGCUCCUCAUUUUUCUCGAGCAUUGCAUAAUAUUGAAACUGUAGAAGGCACAAACGUUCAUCUAGAAUGUCGUUUACAGCCAAUUGGUGAUCAGACUAUGAAAGUUGAAUGGUUCUGUAACGGUCGACCGAUUAAGACAGGACAUAGAUUCAGACCAGCUUAUGAGUUUGACUAUGUUGCUUUGGAUCUUUUAAGCGUAUAUCCUGAAGAUUCUGGAGUGUAUACUUGUCAAGCUACUAACCAAUUAGGAGAAGCUGUAACGUCAUGCGCCUUAAGAGUGAUGGCAAAAAGAGAUCUUAUCUUGGAUUCGCAGCAUCCUUCAAGUUUAGAGAAAAUGCAGUAUUUAGAAGAUAGCUCUCGCUAUAAAAAAUCUGAUUAUAUCGAUGAAACUAUUCAUAUUAAGCCACGAUUUGUUACUAAACCUAAAUCUGUCGAAAAUGUCAGAGAAAGAAAUCAUGUUCACUUUGAAUGUAAAUUAGAGCCAGUGACAGACCCGAACCUUAAAGUGGAAUGGUUUAAGAAUGGCCAACCAGUAACGAUUGGUCAUAGAUUCAGACCUAUUCAUGAUUUUGGCUACGUGGCUCUAGAUAUUAUCGAUGUCAUAGCUGAAGAUUCGGGAAUAUAUACAUGUAGAGCCGUAAAUCUUCUUGGAACUGAUGAAGUUAGUUGUAGACUAACGUGCCGAGAAACAGCAGAUAUAAUUCGAGCAACACAAAAUGAAGCCGGUUUGGAACAAAUUCAAGUUUUAGAAGAUAGAUCGAGAUAUCAUAGAACUGAUGUUACCGAUGAAGUGACCACACAAGCACCUAUCUUCACAACGUCCUUAAAAAAUGUUGAUAUUAAAGAAGGUCAACGUGCUCACUUUGAAUGUAGAUUGAUUCCAGUUUCGGAUGCAACAAUGAAAGUGGAAUGGUAUCAUAAUAAUAAGCCCCUAAAGAGUGGAUCCAGGUUUACAGAAACUAAUAACUUUGGAUUCGUCGCGUUGGAUAUAAUGGCUUGUUUACCAGAGGAUUCUGGAACGUACACGUGUAGAGCAAUAAACGCUUUAGGAGAAGCAGUCACCUCUGGUACAGCAUGUGUACACUCUAAGAAAUCAAUCUAUCUAGAGUCUCAACACGAAGGAGCAUUGCCCAGACUUACUCAAUUAGAGGAUUCGUCAAGACACCACAGGCAAACUAUUCAGGAAGAAACAAUAACCCAAGCUCCGGUUUUCACUAUGCCCAUGAAAGAUAUAAGGGUGGCUGAAAAUCAAGCAGUACAUUUUGAAGCUAGACUUAUCCCUGUGGGAGAUCCUAAAUUAAGAGUGGAAUGGUUGCGUAACGGAGUUCCAAUUGAAGCUUCUAAUCGGAUUACAACAAUGCACGAUUUUGGAUACGUCGCUUUAAAUAUGAAGUAUGUCAACCCUGAAGAUUCUGGUACUUACACUUGCCGUGCCAUCAAUGAGCUGGGCGAAGCUGUUACAUCCUCGACAUUAUUUGUACAAUCUAAAGCAUCAUUACAAUUGGAAUCGCAACAUGAAGUUGCAUUACAAAAAAUUCAACAGUUAGAGGAUGCUACACGUUAUCAGCGAAAAGAAGAAGUUGAAAUGGCCAUUAAUCAAAUUCCUAGGUUUGUAACACAAUUAAAUGGUCCUACAAAAUUAGUUGAAGGACAGAGCGCACACUAUGAAUGUCGUAUUGAACCUUAUCCUGAUCCAAAUAUGCGCGUGGAAUGGUACUUUAACGGUAAAGUACUACAAAGUGGACACCGCUACCGUACAGCAUAUGAUUUUGGAUUUGCUGCCUUAGAUAUACUAACUGUAUAUGGGGAAGAUUCUGGCGAAUACACCUGUAAAGUUAUCAAUAAUUUAGGUCAAGCGACAUCGUCUGUAAAUCUUAAUGUUCAAUCAAAAGAAUCAAUUAUAAGAGAAACACAACACGAAAGCGCUUUAGAAAAAAUUCAAUAUCUCGAAGAUGAUAGCCGAUAUAAACGUGUUGUACAGGAAGAAGGAUUCAUUGCGGAGAAACCUCAGUUUGGAAAACCUUUGAAGAAUGUUCAUGUUCCUGAAAGUCAACCUGUACAUUUGGAAGCUACUUUAACUCCUGUCAAUGAUCCCACUAUGCGUGUUGAAUGGUACUGCAAUGGAAGACCAAUUCAGCAAGGACAUAGAUUUAAAACUACUUAUGACUUUGGAUAUGUUGCUUUAGAUAUUUUAUAUGCAUAUGCCGAAGAUUCUGGAACUUACAUGUGCAAAGCUACAAAUGCUUUGGGCGAAGCUGUAACUACUAGUUCAGUGAAUGUGGAUGCGAAUGCUUCACUGUAUCUUGAUACACUGGAUGAACAGCGAUUAAAGAAGAUUAAAGAGUUGGAACAAUAUGAGAGACCUAAAGCUGUUGAAGAGGAAAAACCAGGCCAGAGGCCAGUGUUUUUAACUGCUCUGACAAGUAUAGAAAAUUUAAAAGAAGGUGACCGCGCUCACUUUGAAUGUAGAGUCGAACCAAUUAAUGACCCAUAUCUCAAAAUUGAAUGGUUCAUCAAUGGCCAAAAAAUUAAAACAGGGCACAGAUUCCGGACAACACAUGAUUUCGGAUACGUCGCCUUAGAUAUAUUAUAUUCAUAUGCAGAAGAUUCCGGAACUUAUAUGUGUAAAGCUAGCAAUAAACUCGGAGAAGCUGUUAAUACAUGCACGUUGAAGGUUGCAAGCCACCGUAGCAUAAUAUUUGAUACUCAACAUCCCAAUGGUUUAGAAAAAAUUAGACAACUUGAGGCACAAGGUCAUCAAGCUAGAAUCGAAGUGGAGGAGCCAAAAAUUUUCGCUCCGAGAUUCGUAACAGAACUCAGGGGAACUAAACAUGUCCUAGAAGGUGAAACUGCACACUUCGAAUGUCAGGUUGAGCCAGUUCAUGACUCCAAUUUACGUAUUGAAUUUUAUCACAACGGUAAAGUUCUGCAAUCUGCAUCACGGUUCCAUAUCACUUUUGAUUUUGGUUAUGUGUCAUUAGAUAUACAACAUUGUGUACCUGAAGAUGCUGGAGAGUACUCUGUAAAAGCCAUUAAUGCACUUGGUCAGUGUACUUCUUCAAUAUCAAUGACAGUAACAGCAAAAGGUAGUAUUAUAUCGGAAUCACAACGUCCCGAAGGUCUCGAGAAAAUCCGAGAAUUGGAAUCAGCAGAACCAUUCAAGCGACCUGAAAUUCCGGAGCCUGUCACAAGGCAAAGGCCUGUAUUUACACAGCCUCUUCAGAAUAUCGAUAACAUACAAGAAGGAAAAACUGCACAUUUUGAUUGUAGAUUAAUUCCUGUCGGAGAUCCGACCCUAAAAGUUGAAUGGUUUAGAAACGAAAAAUUAAUUGAAGAUAGUUCCAGAAUAACUAAAACUCAUGACUUUGGAUAUGUUUCCAUGACAAUUUCUCACGUCCGAGAUGAAGAUGAGGGAGUGUACAUGUGUAGAGCAUCCAAUUUACUUGGAGAAGCAGUGACUACGGCAGCAAUGAGAAUAAAAACUAAAGCCGCAAUUCAAAUGGAUACGCAACAUCCCGAGGGUAUGAAGAAAAUUCAGAAAUUAGAGGAGCCUCUAGCAAGGAAAACAGAGGAACCAGAGCGUGAAUUUGAAAAGCCUAUCUUUACUCAAGUACUUACUGGUCCAUCAGAAUUAUGGGAGGGACAACACGCCCAUUAUGAAGCCCGUGUGGUGCCAGUCGGAGACCCUAGCCUAAGAUUUGAAUGGUAUAUUAACGGUGUUGAACUUAAAAUGGGUUCACGAUUCCGCACCACGCAUGAUUUUGGUUUCGUUACAUUAGACAUUAACUCUGUAGUGGCCAAUGAUGCCGGCGUAUACAUGUGUAAAGCUAUUAAUAGAGCCGGAAGCACUGUUUCAUCCACUUCACUCAAAGUCAAAACUAAGUCAACUAUUGUCGACGAGGCUAUGAGACCAGAAUCUUGGCAGAAAAUUCAAUUAAAAGAAGCCGCCAUGAAUAAAGUUCCUGAGAUGUUUGUUGAUACUGGGGUACAACAAGCGCCUAUUUUCACAACACAUCUUAAGAGUUACGAUAAGCUUGUUGAAGGACAGCAUGUUUAUUUGGAAGCCCAAGUAGAACCUCGCACCGACCCCAAUUUAAGAAUUGAAUGGUUUAAGAACAGUGUGUCUUUAACUACAGGUUCAAGAAUCAAGAGUACAUUUGACUUUGGUUUGGUUACGCUUUCUAUAAAUUCAAUAAGAAUCGAUGAUUCUGGUAUUUAUACAUGCAAAGCCACUAAUUUGAUGGGUGAAGCAGUUUCAACUGCAUCAAUUAAAAUUGAAGACCGUCAUUGGUUACUUGGAGACAGUCUUCAUCCACAAUCUUUAGAUCGCAUUGGAGUUUUAGAACAACCAAAACCAGGUAAACCUGAGUCGCCAGAGCCAGUGUAUGAAACUCCCGUUUUCAUUUCUCACCUUAAUAACAUAAUAUGUAAGGAGGGUGAUAACAUUCACUUUGAGUGCAAUGUGGAGCCAUCUAGAGACCCAACCUUGAAAAUAGAAUGGUUCUUUAAUAAUAAACCCUUACCAUCGGGCACUAGAUACAAAAGCACUCAUGAUUUCGGGUACGUAUCAUUAGAUGUAACUCAUACGUAUGAAGAGGAUUCAGGUAUUUAUACAUGUAAAGCAACAAACAGUAAAGGUUUUGCUACAACAUCCGGAAGCUUAAGAUGCACUGGAGACAAACAUAUAUAUCUUGAUACACAACAUCCUCAAGGCAAGGCUGGCUUAGAAGCUGUAGAACAGGCUGAAGAAGCCAGACUUUCCAAGGGCCGUAGACUUUCAAUUCCAGAGACUGAAUAUCCAAAACCUGAGUGGGUUGUGCCGGUAAAUGCGGAACUACAGUUAAUAGAAGGACAGUCUCUACAUCUCGAAGGACAAGUUGAACCAAAGAACGAUCCUGAUCUAAAGAUCGAAUGGUACUUCAACGGUAAAGUCCUUGAACAAGGAUCUAGAUUUAAAUUAUCUAGUGAUUUUGGCUUUGUUACAUUAGACGUAACAGAUAUCUAUGAAAGAGAUAGUGGUAUUUAUACAUGCAAGGCUUAUAAUAGAAAGGGCGAAGCCUUUACUUCUUCCACCAUAUACUGCAUUAGUAAAGAAAAUCUUAUAGAGAGAACCCAACAUCCUAAAGGCGCAGAAGGAUUAGAGAAAAUUCAAAAUCUUGAAGAAUCCCUCCGUCGUGAACCUGGACAAAAAGCAGAUGAUGACACAGGCAGACCACCUGAAUUUAUAACAGUAUUCCAAGAUAUUACUGACAUUAGUGAAGGACAAAUAGCCCAUUAUGAAGCUUCCCUUAUACCCACUGGUGAUCAAAGUAUGGUUAUUGAAUGGUUCUAUAAUGGUAAAACAAUCGAAGCCAGCCACCGUAUACGCACAGUUUAUGCCUUUGGUAUGGUAGUACUUGAGAUUCUGGGAACGAAAACUAAUGAUUCUGGAAUAUAUUCCUGCCGUGCCACUAAUAGAUGGGGAAAAGCGGAAAUAAGUGUUAAACUUGACUGUGUCGAUAAGACCAAGGGCCAGAAACCAAGGUUUACUACUCAUAUACAAAAUAUCGAGGGUCUUAAAGAUGGUCAAUCGGCCCACUUUGAAUGUACUGUGGUGCCCGUGGAUGAUCCGGAUAUGAAAAUUGAAUGGUAUCAUAACGGCCAACUCUUGCGUCACUCUACUAGGAUAAAAACAAUAUCUGAUUUUGGGUUUGUUGUUCUUGACAUAGCUUAUACUCAGAAUCAUGACUCAGGUGAAUAUGUUUGCCGCGCUUAUAAUAAAUAUGGUGAAGAUUUUACUAAAGCCACAAUAUCUUGCUAUGGUAGAAGUGGAGUAUUUUUAGAUAGUUUACAACCAGAAUCACUAGCUAAAAUAAGAGAAUUAGAAAGCUUACAAGGAAUUCAACAGCAAGCACCAACACCCGCUGCACCCGUACCACCAAAGUUUAUUACGCAAAUAGAAAACGUAACUAAAUUAGUUGAAGGACAAAGCGCGCACUUUGAAGCAAGACUUAUUCCUGUAGACGAUCCCGAUCUAAAGGUAGAGUGGUUCUACAACGGCAAAAAAUUACCCCACGGGCACAGAUAUAGAACUUUCCAUGACUUUGGCAUAGUUAUUUUGGAUAUACUAUAUUGCUACGAAGAAAAUUCUGGAGAAUAUGAAUGCGUUGCUACUAACAAGUUAGGUAGCGAUUCAACUAAAGCUGAAUUGAAGUGUACAUCAAAGGAGAAUUUAAUCUUGGACUCGCAACUGCCGCGGGGCAUGGAAGGAGGAUUAGAGAAGCUGCAAACUCUGGAGGAUUCUAUGAUACGUCGGAAGGAUACGGAAAUUGAAGAGAAACGCGGUAAAGCUCCGGUCUUUACGGUCCCAUUGUCAAAUAUUGAUAAUCUAAGGGAAGGUGAAAAUGCUCACUUUGAAGCUCGUCUCACACCUACUGAUGAUCCUAAUCUGAAGGUGGAGUGGUAUUGGAACGGUAAAUCAUUAAAAGCAGGGUCAAGAUUUAGAACAUUCUGUGACUUCGGUUUUGUAAUUCUUGAAAUAUCACCGACGUAUCCAGAAGAUUCUGGUGAAUAUUUAUGCAGAGCCUUUAACAAUUAUGGUGAAGCUGUUACUACAGCUUCAAUGAAAGUACAAGGAAAGAGGAAUAUUAUAUUAGAAUCUCAAUUGCCGAAAGGAAUGGAAGGUACUAUUGACAAAAUAGCCGCUUUAGAGGGUUACACUGGAACUUCCGAUACUUUAACACCAGAAACUGAGAGCGGAAAGCCGCCAGAAUUUUUGACAACACCGUCUGAUCAAAUCCUCACCGAAAAUUCCUCUGCACACUUCGAAUGCAGAUUAGUCCCAAUUAACGAUUCCAGUAUGAUAGUUGAAUGGUUUCACAAUGGCAAACCCCUGCUUACUGGAUCACGCGUCAAAACUAUUAAUGAUUUCGGAUUUGUUAUAUUAGAAAUUGGAGGUGUUUAUCAACGUGAUGCUGGACUUUAUACCUGUAAAGCUACAAACCGCCAUGGUGAAGCCACGGUAUCUUGUAAACUUCAAGUUAAAGGUAGACAAGGUAUAAUCUUGGAGCCCCAACUACCAUCACAUUUUAAAUCUGGAACUGAAAGCAUACAAAAAUUAGAAGAAACCUUACAUAAAAGGGAGGAAAUAACUAUUGAAGACGAAAAACCAAAUCCGCCACGGUUUACAGUCGAUAUCAAGGAUAAUCUUGAUGUGUCUGAGGGUGGACCCAUACACUUUGACUGUCGUGUAGAACCCGUGGGAGAUCCAACUAUGAGAAUUGAUUGGUUCCAUAACGGUAAACCUUUCGCUACAGGAUCUCGUGUUCAUAUGUUAAAUGAUUUUGGUUUCGUUGCCUUAGACAUAGAUUAUAUUUACACACGGGAUGUUGGAGAAUAUACAUGUAGAGCAACUAAUAAAUGGGGUUCUGCUACAACUACCGCUAAGGUUACAUGCAGCACAAAACGGGAUAUUGUCCUAGAGUCGCAACUACCUCAAGGAAUGAGCGGAGAAAAGAUAAAAGAGUUGGAAAAAGGUCGUGUAAGUGAACAACCUAAAGAGGAGUCAAUAGUAACCUCACCACCUAAAUUUAUUACACAAAUACAAUCACAUACUAUUGAAGAAUCAGAGUCUGUGCGGUUUGAGUGCCGCGUUGAACCAAAAGAAGAUCCCAAGUUACGUAUCGAGUGGUAUCGCAAUGGAAAGUUAUUGCCUACCGGGCACAGAUUCCGUACCGUCUACGAUAUGGGAUUCGUUUCAUUAGAUAUUCUUUACGUGUAUGCUGAAGACUCAGGUGAAUAUGUUUGUCGAGCUGUUAACGAUUUCGGUGAAGAUCUUACCAAAGCUACUGUAUCGUGCAAAAAACUUCCCGAUAUCAUUCUGCAAAAUCAAGUACCAAAGGGAAUGAAAAGAUCUGAAGCCUUAACCCAAAUGGAAGCUACUAUAAAGAAAUACACUUCAGAAGUAUUCUUAACUGAAGAUGAUUUAUACGACGCUGAUAAAAAGCAACCGCCACGUUUUGUAACCCAAAUACAAAGUCAAACAAACUUGAUGGAAAUGGAAACAACUAAAUUCGAGUGUCAGCUGGCACCCGUGGGCGAUCCUAAUAUGAAAGUGGAAUGGUUCUUUAACGGAAAGCCGCUCCUGCAUAAAAAUCGUUUUACACCGAUCUAUGAUUUUGGAUAUGUUGCUAUGAAUUUCGGUUGGGUUUACCCUGAAGAUAGCGGGGAGUACCUUUGUCGGGCUACCAAUUUAUAUGGAAUGGAUGAAACAAGAGCUGUCAUAAAGACCACCGGAAAACCCGGUAUUGUGUACGAUUCUCAGUUACCUAAACAUAUGAAGAGUAUUGAACGCAUUAGAGAGAUGGAAGCUUCUUGGCAAGUAGUACCAGAACAAGUUGUUGAAGAAACAAAACCACGUUCGGCUCCAGUAUUUGUCAGCCGACCUGAACCCGUGACAGUUGAGGAAGGUGAAUGGGCCAGGUUUUGCUGCCGUGUCACAGGACACCCAAAGCCUCGCGUAAUGUGGCUAAUAAAUGGAAAUACUAUUGUUAAUGGGUCUAGAUAUAAGUUAACAUAUGAUGGAAUGUACCACCUCGAUAUACCAAAAACAAGGCAGUAUGAUACUGGUAAAAUUGAAGUUAUUGCAAGAAGUUCCGCAGGAGAGGCUUUAGCAACGACCGAGUUGAAAGUUAUACCGAGACACGAUGAUUAUAGAGGUGUACUCAAAAACGCUCCGAGACCUUGGUAUGAUGAAGUAUCUCAAUACCAGAGAACUGAAACCGAAUUAGAAAAAACAUUCGAAGAGAGGCAAGCUAUGCAACGUCAGGGAGUAAUUGAUUACAAACCAGACCUUAAACAAAGAAAUCUAAAGGAAAGUGACACUGAAUGGCAACAAACAGUUAAGAAGAAGAAGAACGAAGAAUACUACAAUAAACUUCAGGAGUUGGAACAUGAACAGAUAGUGAAAGAGAGCCGACUUCGAGAAUCAUCCCAUCAAUAUGCUAUACCUGGUGAAAAAGUAACGAGUUCCUCUGUUGCUAGAAGUAUGGCUCAGAAGUAUGAAAAAAAUCUUGACCAGUCUGAAGAAAUAAUUGAGAAUCAAACAGUGAAGCAGACGAAAAUUCAAAAGCCAAGAAUACCUGGACCUUCUGAAUCAAGUGUUCAUGGUAAAGAGGUACAUGUAGCUAAGCAGAAACAAAUACAAAAAGAAGUUGUUGGUGAUACAGAAAUCACCCGCAAAAUUACAUCGACCGAGACAACGGAAGUUGAACAUAAAUCACAAACACAAGAAAGAGUUGUAGAAGGUCCUGUAAAACCAUCAAACCCUCCGGUAUUCACAAAGAAAAUGCAACCUUGCCGUGUAUUUGAACACGAACAAGCAAGAUUCGAAGUUGAAUUUGAUGGCGAUCCAUUACCAACUAUAAAAUGGUAUCGCGAGAACUUUCCCAUUAAAAACUCGCCUGACUUUCAAAUUCAUACUUUUAGUACAAAAUCCAUCCUUAUUAUAAGGCAAGUUUUCAUUGAGGAUUCAGCUGUAUUUGCUGCUGUUGCUGAAAAUAGGGGCGGUACUGCCAAAUGUAGUGCAAACUUAGUCGUCGAGGAGCGUAGGCGACAAGGAAGAGGAGGUGUAAUACCCCCAAGCUUUACAUUGACUGCACAAAAUGUAAACGUUACAUCUGGUCAACUUGUAAGAUUUGAUACUAAAGUUUCUGGAACGAAACCUAUUGACGUUUAUUGGUUAAAGAACGGAAAGAAAGUUCAACCAGAUAUAAGAAACAAAAUAUUAGAAGAAGAUGGAACUUACACCCUUCUUAUUUUAGAAGCCUUUCCUCAAGAUUCGGGAAAAUACGAAUGCGUCGCAAUUAAUAACGCUGGAGAAGCAAGAUGUGACGCUGAAUGUACAGUGAAUAUGCCAGCUACAAAAGAAAAACCAAAAUCUCAAACAAAGUCAGCGAAUGCUUCGCCUGAAGUUAUUGAGCCACUGAAAGAUAAAGUUGUCACUGAAGGACAAGCGGUUGAAUUUAGUUGUAAAAUCGUAGGCAAACCUAUUCCUACAGUACAAUGGUAUAAGGGAGAUAAAUUAAUAAAACCAUCGAAGUAUUUCCAAAUGUCUCGGACUGCGGAUGACUACACAUUGCGAAUAUCUGAAGCUUUUCCCGAAGACGAAGGUGAUUAUAAGUGUGUUGCUUAUAAUUCUGCCGGAAGAGUGACUAUUUCAGCAAAACUUAAGGUCACCCAGCCAGAUCAAGCAGAGGAUUUACCAAAUCUUACUCCUCUUCGUGACAUUGUCGUGUACGAAGGUCAGCCUGCUCAGUUCAAAACACAUAUUACUAGUAAAGUAAAGCCGACUAUUCAGUGGCUUCGGGAAGGUGCUCUUAUACCUGAGACUCCCGAUUUUCAAAUGAUCCAUGAAGGUACAAAUGCCGUUCUACUGAUCGGCAGCACCUACGAGGAAGACACCGGUAUCUUCACUUGUCGUGCCACCACAGCCGCCGGCCAGGUCGAGACCUCGGCUAAGCUAGUCGUCAAAAAAUCCAGGAGAGUUACUUCAAAGAAAAUGUAUGAAAAAGAAACAGAUGUAACAUCGUCAGAAGAAGUUGAUUCCUCUAUGGUAACCAAUAAAGUGUUUCACCAAACAACUGAAGAAAGUAAUAUAUUAAUAUUAAAACAAGUCGAAGAUGUACAAUCACGCCAAGUACCUUGGAGAAAACAAAGUGAAACCAAAGUAGAAGGAAAAGGUUUAGGAACAAAGCAUUGGAGAAAAUCACGAAAUGAAACCAAAACAUCAGUUGAAAAAAUCAAUCUUUUGGAAGAUUCUAAGUUCUUAACCAUAGAAAACCAAAAGGAAAUAAAACAAAAAGAGGAUGUUCAGACAACACAAUGGAGGAAGCCAAAGUUUUUAAGCAAAGAGAAAAUCGUUGAGGAUUCUGAAGAAAAAGUCAUAGAUAAAAAAGAAACUACAGAGUUAGAUCUUCUACAUAAACAAAUGGAAGAGGAUACGGAAGACACAAAAGUGGAACGCAGCGAAAAAUUGAAAUUUAGAAAAAGCAAAACUUCAUACGAUCAAGUAAAUAAAGAACCAAUUCAACCUUGGACUAAAGAGGCUAUCAAUCUCCGACCUACAAAAACCGAAAAAUCUGAAGUUGUAAAGCAAAAGAUAGAAGACGUUACAUUAAAACAAGUGAGAAAAAAAUCGUUACAAAAGUCAGAAGCUGUGAUGCUGGAAGAGUCACUGACAUCAGUAGAAGAUACAAUUAUUCUAAAAAUUACAAAUAAACAAAAAGUACAGGAAGAAGUAAAACCAGAGGAAGUUAUUCUCCAGCCUGUGAAAAAAGAGAAACCUCAAGAGGAUAAAAUACCCGAAGCGGUAUCUUGGCGCUCUGGUAAAAGAAGACCUAAAGAAGAUGCGCCAGUUGAAGACGAAGAAAUGACACCUCAACAACAGCAAGAGAAACCAACAGGAGAAAAACCUGAGGAAGUCAAAUUUAAACCUGAAAAGAAAGACAAACGUGAAGAGGAGGUCCAACCCGAAGAAACAAAAUGGCCUACAGGUAAGCGGCGGCCAAAAGAAGAACACCCAGUUGAAGAGGUCGUUCUUAAGCCUAUACCGAAACAAAAAGCACAGGAAGAAGUAAAACCAGAGGAAGUUAAACUUAAACCUGUAAAGAAAGACAAACGUGAAGAGGAGGUCCAACCCGAAGAAACAAAAUGGCCUACAGGUAAGCGGCGGCCAAAAGAAGAACAUCCAGUUGAAGAGGUCGUUCUUAAGCCUAUACCGAAACAAAAAGAACAGGAAGAAGUAAAACCAGAGGAAGUUAAACUUAAACCUGUAAAGAAAGACAAACGUGAAGAGGAGGUCCAACCCGAAGAAACAAAAUGGCCUACAGGUAAGCGGCGGCCAAAAGAAGAACACACAGUUGAAGAGGUCGUUCUUAAGCCUAUACCGAAACAAAAAGUACAGGAAGAAGUAAAACCAGAGGAAGUUAUUCUCCAGCCUGUGAAAAAAGAGAAACCUCAAGAGGAUAAAAUACCCGAAGCGGUAUCUUGGCGCUCUGGUAAAAGAAGACCUAAAGAAGAUGCGCCAGUUGAAGACGAAGAAAUUACACCUCAACAACAGCAAGAGAAAUCAACAGGAGAAAAACCUGAGGAAGUCAAAUUUAAACCUGAAAAGAAAGACAAACGUGAAGAGGAGGUCCAACCCGAAGAAACAAAAUGGCCUACAGGUAAGCGGCGGCCAAAAGAAGAACACCCAGUUGAAGAGGUCGUUCUUAAGCCUAUACCGAAACAAAAAGCACAGGAAGAAGUAAAACCAGAGGAAGUUAAACUUAAACCUGUAAAGAAAGACAAACGUGAAGAGGAGAUCCAACCCGAAGAAACAAAAUGGCCUACAGGUAAGCGGCGGCCAAAAGAAGAACAUCCAGUUGAAGAGGUCGUUCUUAAGCCUAUACCGAAACAAAAAGUACAGGAAGAAGUAAAACCAGAGGAAGUUAAACUUAAACCUGUAAAGAAAGACAAACGUGAAGAGGAGGUCCAACCCGAAGAAACAAAAUGGCCUACAGGUAAGCGGCGGCCAAAAGAAGAACAUCCAGUUGAAGAGGUCGUUCUUAAGCCUAUACCGAAACAAAAAGUACAGGAAGAAGUAAAACCAGAGGAAGUUAAACUUAAACCUGUAAAGAAAGACAAACGUGAAGAGGAGGUCCAACCCGAAGAAACAAAAUGGCCUACAGGUAAGCGGCGGCCAAAAGAAGAACACCCAGUUGAAGAGGUCGUUCUUAAGCCUAUACCGAAACAAAAAGUACAGGAAGAAGUAAAACCAGAGGAAGUUAAACUUAAACCUGUAAAGAAAGACAAACGUGAAGAGGAGGUCCAACCCGAAGAAACAAAAUGGCCUACAGGUAAGCGGCGGCCAAAAGAAGAACAUCCAGUUGAAGAGGUCGUUCUUAAGCCUAUACCGAAACAAAAAGUACAGGAAGAAGUAAAACCAGAGGAAGUUAAACUUAAACCUGUAAAGAAAGACAAACGUGAAGAGGAGGUCCAACCCGAAGAAACAAAAUGGCCUACAGGUAAGCGGCGGCCAAAAGAAGAACACCCAGUUGAAGAGGUCGUUCUUAAGCCUAUACCGAAACAAAAAGCACAGGAAGAAGUAAGACCAGAGGAAGUUAAACUUAAACCUGUAAAGAAAGACAAACGUGAAGAGGAGGUCCAACCCGAAGAAACAAAAUGGCCUACAGGUAAGCGGGGGCCAAAAGAAGAACACCCAGUUGAAGAGGUCGUUCUUAAGCCUAUACCGAAACAAAAAGCACAGGAAGAAGUAAAACCAGAGGAAGUCAAAUUUAAACCUGAAAAGAAAGACAAACGUGAAGAGGAGGUCCAACCCGAAGAAACAAAAUGGCCUACAGGUAAGCGGCGGCCAAAAGAAGAACACCCAGUUGAAGAGGUCGUUCUUAAGCCUAUACCGAAACAAAAAGUACAGGAAGAAGUAAAACCAGAGGAAGUUAAACUUAAACCUGUAAAGAAAGACAAACGUGAAGAGGAGGUCCAACCCGAAGAAACAAAGUGGCCUACAGGUAAGCGGCGGCCAAAAGAAGAACACCCAGUUGAAGAGGUCGUUCUUAAGCCUAUACCGAAACAAAAAGUACAGGAAGAAGUAAAAACAGAAGAAGUUAAACUUAAACCUGUAAAGAAAGACAAACGUGAAGAGGAGGUUCAACCCGAAGAAACAAAAUGGCCUACAGAUAAGCGGCGGCCAAAAGAAGAACACCCAGUUGAAGAGGUCGUUCUUAAGCCUGUACCGAAACAAAAAGUACAGGAAGAAGUAAAACCAGAGGAAGUUAUUCUCCAGCCUGUGAAAAAAGAGAAACCUCAAGAGGAUAAAAUACCCGAAGCGGUAUCUUGGCGCUCUGGUAAAAGAACACCUAAAGAAGAUGCGCCAGUUGAAGACGAAGAAAUGACACCUCAACAACAGCAAGAGAAACCAGCAGGAGAAGAACCUGAGGAAGUUAAACUUAAACCUGUAAAGAAAGACAAACGUGAAGAGGACGUCCUACCUGAAGAAAGUGAUAGGAUUAUAGAACCCUUGAAAAUUGACAAAAAUGGAAUAGAAAAUAUUGCAUUUGAAGAAAACUGCAGUAUUAUUUCAAUAUCAUCUGAAAGAAAAAUUAAAAAGCGUUUGAAAAAAAAUGAAAGCGCUGUUGAAGCUGGGCGACACUUAGAAGAAGAUGGACCUAAAAUAAUACAGCCCCUUAAAGCCAUCACAGUAUUAGAUAAUAAUGAAUUUGAACUUGACGUAACAUUUAAACCAGACGUAAUAGAUAAGAUUACUUGGUAUCAUAAUAAUCAAAAACUUGAGCAACGUGGUGACUGUUAUAUUAGCACAGAAAAUGGAAAAUCCAAAAUAAAAAUUUCUAAGGUGGAUAAAAAGAAAAUAGGCAAAUACGAAGUAGUGAUCGAAAAGGGUGAUAAUAUAGUCAAAUCGGCAAGCAGCAUUAAACUAUUCCAAUCGAAGAAUGAAUUGGUAGAACCUCCAACUUUUAUUAAAGUCCUAGCACCUACAGGGGUUCGUUUAGGCGAUAUAGUUCUAUUGGAAAUUGAAGUGAUAUCACAACCUUUGGCGUCAUUUCAGUGGUUCAUUGGUAAUAAAGAUAUAAUAAGCUAUACAAAAGAAAAUAAAGUACACAAUAUUUAUAUUACAAAUAAAGAAAACGUGUCAUGUCUUUGUAUAGAAAAUAUGACACCAGAAUUAUUUGGAAUAAUUACAUGCAGGGCAGAAAAUUUUGGUGGAUCAGUAGCAUGUUCUUCCUCAUUAUAUUUGAUAAAAGAUGAUGAUGAUGAGACAAUAGGACAGGCUCCAAAAUUCUUGUCACAUCUUAAGCCUACGGUUGUUAUGGAUGGCGAUCCAAUAUUACUUCAGUGUACAAUAAAAGGCGAUCCCUUUCCCAAAGUUAAUUGGUAUCGCAAUGGAAAGUUGAUUGAAUGGGCAAGAGAUAUAGUAAUUGGCCGUCAGAAAUCCGGCUUAAACGAAAUUUGCAUAAAAGAAGCAUUUCCUGAAAUGUCAGGCAAUUACAGCUGUGUAGCUACAAAUAAUUUUGGAACUAGCAGCUCUGAAUGUGUUGUCACUGUGGAAGCAUAUGAGUACGUACCGAGUGCCUCUGAAGAAGACGUCCUAAGUGACGAGAAGGCAAGCGAUAUUGAAGAGUUUGCUCCUAUAAUCGUAAAAGCUUUACCAACGGUAGUAACAACGUCUGAAGGGGAUUUGACAAGAUUGGAAGCUAAAGCAAUUGGUAUGCCUAAGCCGGAAAUUAGAUGGCUUAAACAGGGUAUAGAAAUUAAUCAGUCGCAAGAGUAUCAAAUCGAAGAGUUGGAAGAUGGAACAUCUAUAUUAAUUUUACCUGAAGUAUAUCAAGACGACACAGGAGAAAUUUCUUUUGAAGCUCAUAACUAUCUUGGCGUCACGUCCACUAUUGCAGCUCUUUCCGUCGAAAGUAUCGUUGGAACAAAAGAGUACCGAAAACCCGAAUGGGUAAUACACAUGGAAGAUUUGCAAGCUUCUCUGAAAGCAACUCAGGCAGUGCCCACAUUUAUUAAACAAAUUAUAGGAGAGAGAGUUAAGGAAGGAGAAUCGGUAGCAUUUGAAGCUACUUACAGUGGUAAUCCGAUACCAGAAAUCGUGUGGUACAAGGAUGACAAGGUUAUAAAAACAAAUGAAAAUUAUUUGAUUGAACAUAAAGAUAAGUUGACUAUUUGCAAAAUACCGAAAGCCAAAAAAGAACUAGAAGGUAUUUACAAAUGCAAGGCUGUUAGUGAUAUAGGUAUGGCUAUAACUAAAGCUACUUUACAAGUAUUCGAAUCAGAAGAAAAGAUUGAAAAAAAUCUUGCACAAAGAACUAAAACCGAAGUACUAAAAAAAGAAGAGGUAAUAAAAACUGAUGAGGAAAACUUAAAAUCUGAGGUACAAACAGAAGAGAAUGAAAGGGAAAAAGUUCAACCUUCGAGAAAGGAAUUCGCAAGGACCGAGACAACCUCAUCUACAGUAAUUGAGGCUGACUACGUUGAAAUUACAGAUAAAGCAACAUUAAAAAAGGUUGAAGACGGUAAAAAAAUUAAAAAGCCAUCUCCACGCAAUGUAGAACCUGUAGUCGUACCAAGUGAAUAUUUAAUUACUUCCGAACAACAGAAAGACGAAGUAGUAAAAACGUUAGAUAAAUUUGUUUAUGACAGUCAAAAGGCAAUUAUAAAAACAGUUGAAGAAAGUACAAAUAUGGUUGCCGAAAUAAAUGAAUUGCUUGAAUUAUUACAUGCAAAAGAGUUCGGUCCAGGAGAAUCAACAUUACGGGAGCUAGCUAAAAUAGGUUACCUGUUGCGAAGCGGAGUAACAACAGAACAAAUCGAGACAUUAUACGAUUCGGAAUACUUUCCAGCUCUAAGAAUGCCUCAAUCGCAAGCUGCUUUGGUACAAUUAGUAGAAAGGGAAGGUCACAGUGCACUCAUAACUAAUGUUUUCACACAAGAGACAGUUCAAGAAGAGGAUGUUAUCGCUUCGAAGGUUGGUUUUAAGGCCUUUAUGAAUAUGGUCGAGUUGAGGCAUGCCACCGUCGAAGAGGUCAUCUCUCAUCUUUAUCCUCAGGACUUUGAAGCCCGUUCCUGGGAAGAAAAAGAAGCGCAAGAGGUUGUGGUAAAAUCUCCCGCCAAAAACCUUGCCACGCAAUCGUCUAUACUUGUGUUGGAAGAUACGAAGAAAACUUCAGAGAAAGGAAGACUUCAGAAAGUCGAUAAUAAAGAAAAUAACAAAUACAAACAAUGUAAACAGCAAAGGACAGAUUUUGAUGAAGAAACAAUAGAAGAGGAGGUGUCAUCGAAAAAAAUGAAACUAAAAUUGUUCCCCGCACAAACUAGUAAAUGUUUACAAGAAGAAAACGUUAAUGUUUUGGAAAAUGAAAGUUUGAACUAUAAGUCUAUGCUCCCAACCGAAAUAUAUGACAGUAGAAUUGAAAUAGUAUCUGGUAGUGAAGUAACACAUAUUAUGCCUCAAGAGAAAAUACGAGAUGCGACCGCUAAAAUUAAAUUCGAUACCAACUAUCCUCUUGUUAGUAAUAUUCAAGAAACACACGAUAAGGAAGACCAACUUUGUGUGAAAGAUAAAGUAGCUGGUAAAACGGUAAAAAAGAUAUUUAAUGAACUUGAAUCAUUACAAGUCACUCAAAUUGAGCCUGAAUCAGUGGUUGAUGAGUAUGAAGCAGAAAAAAUAAAACUUGAUAAUAAAGUACACACAGAUACUGUACAAGCAGAAGGUCUUGUGACUACGGAAACACUUAUUAAUUUAUCUGUGGCUGACUUGAUUGUAGAUUCACAAGAUAUUAGAACAGCUAAAAGCUCAUUUAUUCUUCAAAACGCUUAUAACACUACAGAAGAGGUAGCAUCAUCAAAAGAAUCUCCUUUAAAAGAUUGUCAGCUAUCUACAUCUUUUGCAUCAGUGUCAGUAACACCAUUAUUAGAACUUAAAGUUACUGAAGUUAAUGAAGGUAGUAAAGAAGCUGAAUUUCAUAAACAAAAUAAUGAAAUAUCUGUACCUCCAAACCCAAAAUAUGAUAUAUUAGAACCAUUACUCGUACAAGAAAUUUUCAUUGAGGAUAAAUCAGGUAAAUACUAUCCAGAAUUGAUAGUUCCUACUGAAGUGGCUAAAAGGGAUAUUUUGGUUUCAAACCAAGUUAUUACUGAGAUGCAGGAAAUACAAGAAAAAGAGAGUCCAAUUCCUAAAUUAAAGAUGCCACCUCUACAGGAGGUCAAUGUUAAUAUACCAUCUGAAAAUAGUAUCUUAGUGUAUACAAGCGAUGUUCGUGAAAAGGAAGGUUUAAUAGAUAAAACAGACCUUCCGACAGAGAUACAUAUUCAAGAAGAUAUUCUUUUACAUUCUUGCCUUGAAAAUUUUGAAACAACAUCUCACGUUAAAGAAAAAGAAUUUACUCCAAAAGUAACUGAAGAAAAAUGUGCAGGUAUCACUUUUAAUGAACAUCAUCACAAAUAUGACAUAGAAACGAAUGUAAUGGAUUCUGAAAAUACUUUACUACAAAAAGAGCCAACAAAACAAAAUACUGCUCAAGUAACCAUUUCCGUUUUAGAUAAAAAUAUGGUUGAAGAGGUAAAUAUUCAUGAAAGAGAGCAGGAGUUACAUUUCGAAGAAUUCAAAACUCCAGCAAAAGCUAAUAUUGAUGUUAAGUCAUCUGAAAGUAUAAUUACUUCAACGCCCACAUAUUUAAUAACUACGGAAGAUUUGAAAACAUCAGAAGUCUUUCCUGACAAAAUUGCCAAUGAAACUGUAAUUACAGAACAUGCAAGAAUAGUAACUUCACCUUUUAUUCACGACCAAGAAAUUGAAUCCAAAAAUUAUGAUACAACUUUGGAAAAUGUGUCCGUUUCACUUAUACCUAUUAAUUCACUAUCCGUUCUUGAAUUGAACUGUCCAGAAUCUGAAACGAAAUUACAUACUGAAAAAAUGCCUGAAGCGGCAAAUACCAGACCAAUUUUAACUCAUAAUCUAAAAACACAUAUCUGUCACGAAAUUACAACAGCUGAUCAGAUUGAUAUAUUCAAUCAACAAGUGCAUAACGACAAAUAUGCUUCAGAAAAAAGAGAUUUACAAACAGAAGUAACAGUCCUUCAACCAGCCGUUGAAGAUCAAAUUCAAAAUUUUGAUCUUAAUUUAGAACGUGCAUUAACUGCAAAGACAUCUUUUAAAGAAAAUGAAAGUUUAAAUAUAACAGAAACCAUACCGAGCUAUGUAGAAACAAGUUUAACUAUAGAGGAGACAUCUUUUAAUAAAGUUGAAGUCAAAAUAGAUAUAGAACAUAAAGUUCCAGUUGUUCUCGAAAAUAACUUACCUGAUUCUCUUAGUCAAUUAAAAGAAAUUCCAUCGAACCUUCAAGAAGCUGAACUGAUACCGAAUGUUAUAUAUCCUUUAACGGUUUCAGAGAAUAGAGUAUUGGAAAGUCAAGAUAUUUUAGAUAACAUGGUCAAACCCAAUUUAAAAACUAUUAUACCUGAUGUAGUGCCUGUUGAAGAAUCACUUAAUAUUUCAGAAAUAAUGGUUAACGAAAAAGAACGAGAAUAUGAGCAAAACAAGGAAUUUAAGCAAACGUGUAAAGUUUUCGAAAACGUUGUUUGUAGACCGGUAGCUUCAACAUUGGAAGUGACAGAUAAUACUGACAUAAACACAUUUGAUCUCACUGAUACAGUAGAAACAAAAACUGCAAAUGUUCAAAAUAUUCCACUCAAAGAAGUUAUAGUUUCAUCUAUACUUUGUAAUGAGAAGGAGAGUUUGAUGACUUCCAAAAAAACAAAAUACGAAGAAGCCACUCUUGAUAUGAUUUCAAAAGAGGCACUUAUUGUAGAUGAAACUGUAGCGGAAAUGAAACCUUCUUAUCUUAAUUCUGAAAACAAAUUUAAUAAAGUUGAAGUAACACCUCAAUCCGUGUUGUGCGAAGCGAUAUUAGAAGAGGAAACCUUCGUUCACACUUCUGAACGGAAUUUCGAUGAAAAAGAUAAAGAACCUGAAAAAAGCGCUGUUAUUUCAGUCUCUGGUUUAAAAGCACCAGAAUUACAGGAAAAUACAUUGGUCGAAAGAGAAAAACAAUUUUCUCCCUUGAAAUUACCUGGAGAACAAAAAGUAAAUAUAAAAAUAUUAGAAAAUCAAAGCCUGGAAACCAGUGAGAUAUUAUCUCAAUCCGAAAUCCUAGGUGAAAUUACUGAAUUAGCAAUUUCUAAUAGAAACGCAAUAACAAAAAUGGAUAAUAUAUAUGGUAAAGUCCCAAAUAUUGAUGAAAUUAACGUUAUUCUAACAACGCAAGAACUUAAUACACGUGUUUUAGAACAAAAACCUAAAAUAAGUCCUUUAGAAUUAUUUAAUAUAGAACAAACAGAAACAGUUACUGCAGAAAAAGAAAGUUUGUUUAAAGACCAAAAACCUUUAGAGUCCAAUAUAACCCCGAAAAUUGUUGAAUCUGAAGCUCUAAUUCAAUCUUCAACAAGUAUUAAUGAAAAAGAAAAAGAAUUUGAAAGUGAUGUAGAUAUUCCUGUUAGGGAUGCUUCUCUUAAGGUUAUCCCUCACAGCAGCAUUUUAGGAACAGAAGUUGUUACAGCCACUGAAACCGAAUAUAUCAACAAGCCUUCAGGUAAACCUGAAUCAAAAACAUUAACAGAAGUUAUAGAGACGCGGAAAGCUAUAGACGUUUCAGAAGUUACAACCAGUGAAUUUGAAGAUAUUUUUAUAAGUAAUGUGUUGCCAGAAGAGGUUAAUCUGAACCCAAAGCAAAAUAUUUCAAUUUUAUCAUCAAUUGGAACAACUGAAACAAUAGUUAUUGAUCAGGAAGAGGUAUUUAAUCAAAAAGAACCGAAACGUCUUCAAGCUACUUUAUGCCUUGAUAGAAUUCACUCUCUUGAUGUAUCAGAAGAUAUUGUAGCAGAUAAAGAAGGCAAACUAAUUUUAGAAAAACCUAUAAAUAAAUCUAUAAGUGAAAUCAAUAUAGACGCUUAUCAUCAUUUGAAUGUUGAGGAAUAUCAUGUUUCUGAAAGUGAGAGUGAUCUGAAGGAAAUUAACAAAGUCGAGGAAAAAAAAGAUUAUACCCUAGAUUACAUAAAACCUCUUUACGUCACUGAUGUAAGAAGUGAAGAACAUGUAGAGCAUUUCUUAAUCGAUAAUGAAAAUAAUGCCGUAAAUUCAUUUGUUGGUUUUGAAAAAGAAGAUCAUCUUAAUAUUCUACAAAUAACUCCAUUGGAAAUGGGAGAAACGUUGGAUGAAGUUUAUCAACUGGUACCCAAAAAUUUAUUACCUAACAUUGAAGAAGGUAAUCACACAAUUACAGUGCACGAAGUUCAACCAUUAGAAAUCAGUCAGGGAAUUGAAAUUAAAUCUAUUAAUGAUUCGCAAUCAGCUAAGUCCUUAUUUGAUUUAAGACCCGCUCUUGAAGUAAAUGAGGUUAUGACGAGGGAGUCGGAAGAGGAUUUGACUUUAAAAAGUACUCCUAAACAAGAAAAUGCUUCGCUUGACUUAGAAUCUCUCGAACAUAUUACAGUAACAGAUAUGUUAAUCCAAGAUAAGGAAAAAGAACUUUAUCAUGAAUUUGUUAAUAAAUCAGCUUUAAAUCAAGAUUUGAAUAUAAAUACAACCAAUCAUCUAACAAUCUGUGAAACAGUAGUAGUUGAAGACAGUAUAAAACUAGAUAAUGAGAUAAACAAACAAGAAAAUGCGGUUACAACUUAUGUCUUUAAAGAAUCUUUAAGUGAAAGAGAACAUCAAAUAAUAGAAAGUGUUGAUAAACUCUUCCCUCUAAAACAGCCACAAAGUAAUAGUGCACAAGAAAAUAUAUAUUGUCUGAAUGCUGUAGAGCAAACAGAACCAAAGUUCGAUAAUGUUUUUGAUUCAUUACAAGAAAGAAAAGAAACUUUGUCAAAGAAGGAAACAAUAUCUAUUGCGCAGACUGUUAAUGACGAAGUUUUGUUGACUGUAUUUCCUGAGGUAGUCGAAAGUAUUACAUCAUUGCCUGAAAUAUGUAUACCACACUCAGAAUCUGCUAAUUAUGAUUUAGAGGUAAACAAGUCAUAUUUAACUCAAGAACACGUCAUUGACGACUCUAUUGAAAAAAUUAUUACUCAAAAAGAUAUUUCUAAAGUAGCUGAUGAACAAAUUAUCGAAUUGAAGGGUAUCAACCAAAUUGAAAUUGUAUUAGGAGAAGAAAUCCAAAGUUUUGGGGUUCCAGAAUUUGAUAUAAAUAAAAAACAAAUAGCUUCUGUUUUAAAUGAUGAAGUAUCUAUUACAAAAGAAGAAAUUAAAUUUUUUAAAGAACCAGUGGAAGACAAAAUAGUUUUACAAGAGGACAUAGAGAUAUUAGAAGAUACAAGACGACAUUCUUUAUCAUCUAAAUCAUCAGACGUUGAAGAAUCUGAAGAAAUUAUAACCAAAUUUAUGCAAGCUCCAGGUAACAAGGAACCUAUAAAAAUAAGAACAAAACGGACGGUAAUAAAAAAGAAAAGGAAAUCUGAAACUGAUCGUAAAACAGACGGUGACAUAGUAAUAGAAGAAACAAUGGAGGAUGACAACAAGGAUAAAAUAAUUCACCGUCUAACACAUGACGUUCAAAUUGAAGAGUAUGAUGGCGUGGAUUCAACGGAAACUAAUCAUAAUGGUUUAGUUGAGCUACCAGAGGAACAAUUUGAUUUCCCGAUAUUAAAAUCGCGUAUGAGUAUAGAAGAAGUUACAGAAAAAAAAAUUGAAAAAGUAAGGGAAAUGACCCAAGAGAAAAUUGAAGAGGUAACAGUGAAGGAAGUUGAAACUGAGGAAAGGGAUAUUCAAAAAAUAAAAACAGCUAAACAUGUUAUUAAGAAAAAGCAAGACGAAAUCGAAAAAGAUGAUAAGAAGUCUGUCACUACCGCAACUGUCACAGAGGAGAAGAUACCCGACGAGAAAGAAGUUCUCAAACCCGUUGAAAUUGUUGAACUACCGGAAGAGACUACUGUAGAGGAAACGGAAACUCCAGAAGGUAAGACUAAACAUAAGAAAAUCACCAAACGCGUUAUUAAAAAGCGCGUGGGACCUAAGGUCGAAACUACACAAAUAACUACCGAACAAGAUGAUGAUGAAAAACCUGUCAUAACUGUACACAAAACAGAAGAAUACACAGACGAAACAGUAACACCGCUCGAAUCAUUACUCAAACCUGACACUGCAGAAGUGAUUGAAGAGGUUCCUGAAGUAGUAAAAGUGACCGAAGUGAAAACUGAGACUGGAGAUACGCAGAAAGUUAAAACAACUAAACGUGUCAUUAAGAAAAAGCAAGGCAAAAAGCAAGAGGUAACAGAAAUAGUCACAGUCGAAAAAGAUGACGAGAAGCCUGUCACUACCGUAACUGUCACAGAGGAGAAGAUACCUGAAGAGGAAGAAGUUCUCAAACCCGUUGAAAUUGUUGAACUACCGGAAGAGACUACUGUAGAGGAAACGGAAACUCCAGAAGGUAAGACUAAACAUAAGAAAAUCACCAAACGCGUUAUUAAAAAGCGCGUGGGACCUAAGGUCGAAACUACACAAAUAACUACCGAACAAGAUGAUGAUGAAAAACCUGUCAUAACUGUACACAAAACAGAAGAAUACACAGACGAAACAGUAACACCACUCGAAACAUUACUCACACCUGACACUGCAGAAGUGAUUGAAGAGGUUCCGGAAGUAGUAAAAGUGACCGAAGUGAAAACUGAGACUGGAGACACGCAGAAAGUUAAAACAACUAAACGUGUCAUUAAGAAAAAGCAAGGCAAAAAGCAAGAGGUAACAGAAAUAGUCACAGUCGAAAAAGAUGACGAGAAGCCUGUCACUACCGUAACAGUCACAGAGGAGAAAAUACCUGAAGAGGAAGAAGUUCUCAAACCCGUUGAAAUUGUUGAACUACCAGAAGAGACUACUGUAGAGGAAACGGAAACUCCAGAAGGUAAGACUAAACAUAAGAAAAUCACCAAACGGGUUAUUAAAAAGCGCGUGGGACCUAAGGUCGAAACUACACAAAUAACUACCGAACAAGAUGAUGAUGAAAAACCUGUCAUAACUGUACACAAAACAGAAGAAUACACAGACGAAACAGUAACACCGCUCGAAUCAUUACUCAAACCUGACACUGCAGAAGUGAUUGAAGAGGUUCCUGAAGUAGUAAAAGUGACCGAAGUGAAAACUGAGACUGGAGACACGCAGAAAGUUAAAACAACUAAACGUGUCAUUAAGAAAAAGCAAGGCAAAAAGCAAGAGGUAACAGAAAUAGUCACAGUCGAAAAAGAUGACGAGAAGCCUGUCACUACCGUAACUGUCACAGAGGAGAAGAUACCUGAAGAGGAAGAAGUUCUCAAACCAAUUGAAAUUGUUGAACUACCGGAAGAGACUACUGUAGAGGAAACGGAAACUCCAGAAGGUAAGACUAAACAUAAGAAAAUCACCAAACGCGUUAUUAAAAAGCGCGUGGGACCUAAGGUCGAAACUACACAAAUAACUACCGAACAAGAUGAUGAUGAAAAACCUGUCAUAACUGUACACAAAACAGAAGAAUACACAGACGAAACAGUAACACCGCUCGAAUCAUUACUCAAACCUGACACUGCAGAAGUGAUUGAAGAGGUUCCUGAAGUAGUAAAAGUGACCGAAGUGAAAACUGAGACUGGAGACACGCAGAAAGUUAAAACAACUAAACGUGUCAUUAAGAAAAAGCAAGGCAAAAAGCAAGAGGUAACAGAAAUAGUCACAGUCGAAAAAGAUGACGAGAAGCCUGUCACUACCGUAACUGUCACAGAGGAGAAGAUACCUGAAGAGGAAGAAGUUCUCAAACCCGUUGAAAUUGUUGAACUACCGGAAGAGACUACUGUAGAGGAAACGGAAACUCCAGAAGGUAAGACUAAACAUAAGAAAAUCACCAAACGCGUUAUUAAAAAGCGCGUGGGACCUAAGGUCGAAACUACACAAAUAACUACCGAACAAGAUGAUGAUGAAAAACCUGUCAUAACUGUACACAAAACAGAAGAAUACACAGACGAAACAGUAACACCGCUCGAAUCAUUACUCAAACCUGACACUGCAGAAGUGAUUGAAGAGGUUCCUGAAGUAGUAAAAGUGACCGAAGUGAAAACUGAGACUGGAGACACGAAGAAAGUUAAAACAACUAAACGUGUCAUUAAGAAAAAGCAAGGCAAAAAGCAAGAGGUAACAGAAAUAGUCACAGUCGAAAAAGAUGACGAGAAGCCUGUCACUACCGUAACAGUCACAGAGGAGAAAAUACCUGAAGAGGAAGAAGUUCUCAAACCCGUUGAAAUUGUUGAACUACCAGAAGAGACUACUGUAGAGGAAACGGAAACUCCAGAAGGUAAGACUAAACAUAAGAAAAUCACCAAACGGGUUAUUAAAAAGCGCGUGGGACCUAAGGUCGAAACUACACAAAUAACUACCGAACAAGAUGAUGAUGAAAAACCUGUCAUAACUGUACACAAAACAGAAGAAUACACAGACGAAACAGUAACACCCCUCGAAACACUACUCAAACCUGAUACAGCAGAAGUGAUUGAAGAGGUUCCGGAAGUAGUAAAAGUGACCGAAGUGAAAACUGAGACUGGAGACACGCAGAAAGUUAAAACAACUAAACGUGUCAUUAAGAAAAAGCAAGGCAAAAAGCAAGAGGUGACAGAAAUAGUCACAGUCGAAAAAGAUGACGAGAAGCCUGUCACUACCGUAACAGUCACAGAGGAGAAAAUACCUGAAGAGGAAGAAGUUCUCAAACCCGUUGAAAUUGUUGAACUACCAGAAGAGACUACUGUAGAGGAAACGGAAACUCCAGAAGGUAAGACUAAACAUAAGAAAAUCACCAAACGGGUUAUUAAAAAGCGCGUGGGACCUAAGGUCGAAACUACACAAAUAACUACCGAACAAGAUGAUGAUGAAAAACCUGUCAUAACUGUACACAAAACAGAAGAAUACACAGACGAAACAGUAACACCCCUCGAAACACUACUCAAAUCUGAUACAGCAGAAGUGAUUGAAGAGGUUCCGGAAGUAGUAAAAGUGACCGAAGUGAAAACUGAGACUGGAGACACGCAGAAAGUUAAAACAACUAAACGUGUCAUUAAGAAAAAGCAAGGCAAAAAGCAAGAGGUAACAGAAAUAGUCACAGUCGAAAAAGAUGACGAGAAGCCUGUCACUACCGUAACUGUCACAGAGGAGAAGAUACCUGAAGAGGAAGAAGUUCUCAAACCCGUUGAAAUUGUUGAACUACCGGAAGAGACUACUGUAGAGGAAACGGAAACUCCAGAAGGUAAGACUAAACAUAAGAAAAUCACCAAACGCGUUAUUAAAAAGCGCGUGGGACCUAAGGUCGAAACUACACAAAUAACUACCGAACAAGAUGAUGAUGAAAAACCUGUCAUAACUGUACACAAAACAGAAGAAUACACAGACGAAACAGUAACACCGCUCGAAUCAUUACUCAAACCUGACACUGCAGAAGUGAUUGAAGAGGUUCCUGAAGUAGUAAAAGUGACCGAAGUGAAAACUGAGACUGGAGACACGCAGAAAGUUAAAACAACUAAACGUGUCAUUAAGAAAAAGCAAGGCAAAAAGCAAGAGGUAACAGAAAUAGUCACAGUCGAAAAAGAUGACGAGAAGCCUGUCACUACCGUAACAGUCACAGAGGAGAAAAUACCUGAAGAGGAAGAAGUUCUCAAACCCGUUGAAAUUGUUGAACUACCAGAAGAGACUACUGUAGAGGAAACGGAAACUCCAGAAGGUAAGACUAAACAUAAGAAAAUCACCAAACGGGUUAUUAAAAAGCGCGUGGGACCUAAGGUCGAAACUACACAAAUAACUACCGAACAAGAUGAUGAUGAAAAACCUGUCAUAACUGUACACAAAACAGAAGAAUACACAGACGAAACAGUAACCCCACUCGAAACAUUACUCACACCUGACACUGCAGAAGUAAUUGAAGAGGUUCCGGAAGUAAAAAAAGUGACCGAAGUGAAAACUGAGACUGGAGACACGCAGAAAGUUAAAACAACUAAACGUGUCAUUAAGAAAAAGCAAGGCAAAAAGCAAGAGGUAACAGAAAUAGUCACAGUCGAAAAAGAUGACGAGAAGCCUGUCACUACCGUAACUGUCACAGAGGAGAAGAUGCCUGAAGAGGAAGAAGUUCUCAAACCCGUUGAAAUUGUUGAACUACCGGAAGAGACUACUGUAGAGGAAACGGAAACUCCAGAAGGUAAGACUAAACAUAAGAAAAUCACCAAACGCGUUAUUAAAAAGCGCGUGGGACCUAAGGUCGAAACUACACAAAUAACUACCGAACAAGAUGAUGAUGAAAAACCUGUCAUAACUGUACACAAAACAGAAGAAUACACAGACGAAACAGUAACACCGCUCGAAUCAUUACUCAAACCUGACACUGCAGAAGUGAUUGAAGAGGUUCCGGAAGUAGUAAAAGUGACCGAAGUGAAAACUGAGACUGGAGACACGCAGAAAGUUAAAACAACUAAACGUGUCAUUAAGAAAAAGCAAGGCAAAAAGCAAGAGGUAACAGAAAUAGUCACAGUCGAAAAAGAUGACGAGAAGCCUGUCACUACCGUAACUGUCACAGAGGAGAAGAUACCUGAAGAGGAAGAAGUUCUCAAACCUGUUGAAAUUGUUGAACUACCGGAAGAGACUACUGUAGAGAAAACGGAAACUCCAGAAGGUAAGACUAAACAUAAGAAAAUCACCAAACGCGUCAUUAAAAAGCGCGUAGGACCUAAGGUCGAAACUACACAAAUAACUACCGAACAAGAUGAUGAUGAAAAACCUGUCAUAACUGUACACAAAACAGAAGAAUACACAGACGAAACAGUAACCCCACUCGAAACAUUACUCACACCUGACACUGCAGAAGUCAUUGAAGAGGUUCCGGAAGUAGUAAAAGUGACCGAAGUGAAAACUGAGACUGGAGACACGCAGAAAGUUAAAACAACUAAACGUGUCAUUAAGAAAAAGCAAGGCAAAAAGCAAGAGGUAACAGAAAUAGUCACAGUCGAAAAAGAUGACGAGAAGCCUGUCACUACAGUAACUGUCACAGAGGAGAAGAUACCUGAAGAGGAAGAAGUUCUCAAACCCGUUGAAAUUGUUGAACUACCGGAAGAGACUACUGUAGAGGAAACGGAAACUCCAGAAGGUAAGACUAAACAUAAGAAAAUCACCAAACGCGUUAUUAAAAAGCGCGUAGGACCUAAGGUCGAAACUACACAAAUAACUACCGAACAAGAUGAUGAUGAAAAACCCGUCAUAACUGUACACAAAACAGAAGAAUACACAGACGAAACAGUAACACCACUCGAAUCAUUACCCACACCUGACACUGCAGAAGUGAUUGAAGAGGUUCCGGAAGUAGUAAAAGUGACCGAAGUGAAAACUCAGACUGGAGACACGCAGAAAGUUAAAACAACUAAACGUGUCAUUAAGAAAAAGCAAGGCAAAAAGCAAGAGGUAACAGAAAUAGUCACAGUCGAAAAAGAUGACGAGAAGCCUGUCACUACCGUAACUGUCACAGAGGAGAAGAUACCUGAAGAGGAAGAAGUUCUCAAACCCGUUGAAAUUGUUGAACUACCGGAAGAGACUACUGUAGAGGAAACGGAAACUCCAGAAGGUAAGACUAAACAUAAGAAAAUCACCAAACGCGUUAUUAAAAAGCGCGUAGGACCUAAGGUCGAAACUACACAAAUAACUACCGAACAAGAUGAUGAUGAAAAACCUGUCAUAACUGUACACAAAACAGAAGAAUACACAGACGAAACAGUAACACCACUCGAAACAUUACUCACACCUGACACUGCAGAAGUGAUUGAAGAGGUUCCGGAAGUAGUAAAAGUGACCGAAGUGAAAACUGAGACUGGAGACACGCAGAAAGUUAAAACAACUAAACGUGUCAUUAAGAAAAAGCAAGGCAAAAAGCAAGAGGUAACAGAAAUAGUCACAGUCGAAAAAGAUGACGAGAAGCCUGUCACUACCGUAACUGUCACAGAGGAGAAGAUACCUGAAGAGGAAGAAGUUCUCAAACCCGUUGAAAUUGUUGAACUACCGGAAGAGACUACUGUAGAGGAAACGGAAACUCCAGAAGGUAAGACUAAACAUAAGAAAAUCACCAAACGCGUUAUUAAAAAGCGCGUAGGACCUAAGGUCGAAACUACACAAAUAACUACCGAACAAGAUGAUGAUGAAAAACCUGUCAUAACUGUACACAAAACAGAAGAAUACACAGACGAAACAGUAACCCCACUCGAAACAUUACUCACACCUGACACUGCAGAAGUGAUUGAAGAGGUUCCGGAAGUAGUAAAAGUGACCGAAGUGAAAACUGAGACUGGAGACACGCAGAAAGUUAAAACAACUAAACGUGUCAUUAAGAAAAAGCAAGGCAAAAAGCAAGAGGUAACAGAAAUAGUCACAGUCGAAAAAGAUGACGAGAAGCCUGUCACUACCGUAACUGUCACAGAGGAGAAGAUACCUGAAGAGGAAGAAGUUCUCAAACCUGUUGAAAUUGUUGAACUACCGGAAGAGACUACUGUAGAGGAAACGGAAACUCCAGAAGGUAAGACUAAACAUAAGAAAAUCACCAAACGCGUUAUUAAAAAGCGCGUAGGACCUAAGGUCGAAACUACACAAAUAACUACCGAACAACAUGAUGAUGAAAAACCCGUCAUAACUGUACACAAAACAGAAGAAUACACAGACGAAACAGUAACACCACUCGAAACAAUACUCAAACCUGACACUGCAGAAGUGAUUGAAGAGGUUCCGGAAGUAGUAAAAGUGACCGAAGUGAAAACUGAGACUGGAGACACGCAGAAAGUUAAAACAACUAAACGUGUCAUUAAGAAAAAGCAAGGCAAAAAGCAAGAGGUAACAGAAAUAGUCACAGUCGAAAAAGAUGACGAGAAGCCUGUCACUACCGUAACUGUCACAGAGGAGAAGAUACCUGAAGAGGAAGAAGUUCUCAAACCUGUUGAAAUUGUUGAACUACCGGAAGAGACUACUGUAGAGGAAACGGAAACUCCAGAAGAUAUCCCUGAAAAUAUACAAGUUGUUGAACGAAAAACAGCUACGAGAAAGAAACAUCAUCCGAAGAAGGAACACACAGAGGACCAGAUUGACAAAGAAAUUGGAGAUAAGAUUACUGAGAAUAAAAAACCAAAAAAACUUUUAAAACCUGAGAAAAUCCAGCGAAUCGAGCUGAAAAUAGACGAAGCUAAAUUUGCAGAGGAGUCCAUUCAGCCACAAUUCUCUAAAAUAAAAUUAAAAAAGCCUACGAUUAAGCCUAGACCAGAACCAUCUACAGUUAUUUUACCCAAAUUUCAAUUAAAAAGUCGAAUUAAGUUUAUUACCGAUUGGCCUCCAAAACAGAUAACUCCUAUUGUUACAUUUUUGGGAAGUGUGCGUCAGAACGGUGAACUGUCAAGAAACAUUAAAGAAGCUGCUAAAUUGCGAAAAAAAGUGAUUAAGUCAGUUAAUUUACCGGAAUUAGUAAAAACUGAACUUGAAAAGCCUUUAUUUACUCACUCGGAUAUAGUAGAUAGUCGUAAUCAACCGAAAGAAGCCACCUAUGAAAUAGAUGAUAGUGUUAUGGAAAGUAGAUUAGUUGAAAAACAAAAUGACUUGUUAGAUGAACGCCAAGAUAAGUCCGUAAUGGAAGAACCAGAGAACUUUACAGUUACACCUCGGAGGCCUAGUGUUAAAAAAGUAGAAGAGUUAGUAGAUGAAAUAACUAUAAAAAAGAAACUUAAGCCAGUUCGAAAAUCAUCGGUGACUGUGACUGAAAUAACUGAACCCGAGGAAGUAACUUUUAGACCAAAAGUAACUAAAACUAAGGAGGAUGUUGAACAAGAAUUUAAUAUUCAGCUGGAUUCUUACGCGGAGGAGGAAAUAUCGAUGUCGAGUAAAGUCAAACUCAAACAACAAAGACAGCCAACAUUUACUGAAGAAGCAGAUGAAACUUCCAUUAAAUUUUAUGAAGAAAAGUUAAAAGAAGGCGUUGAUAUAGUUGAAAUAAUUGAUGACAUGGAUAAAGAAGAUAACAAUGAUUUCAUAAUACCUUUGAAAAAACCAUUUAUUAAAAAUACCGACGAAAUAAAUUCAAACGUUACUGUUCCAAAACCCAAACCAGUUCAACAGAAAACAGAAUUUUUCGAAGACGUAACGUUCGAUUUAGGAAAGCAAAGGCAAUAUGUUACCGAUGACCAAGAAAUUUCUUUUGACAUCAGACAGCAAACAGAAGUCUUGAUGCAACAAGAACUUAAUUUGUCGAGUAAUAUUAAAUUAGCAGCCAAAAGAAAACCUACAAUUUCUGAGGCAGGCGAUACAACUUCUAUUAUAAUUGAAAAGGAAAUUCAGUCAGACGCACAUGCGGAUGAAGUUAUUUUAAGCGAUGAUGAAAUUGAAAGCAAUGUUGAAAUGGUUAUAAAAAGAAAACCCUCGAAACAAACGUAUGAAGUGAAUGAAGUAGAAGAAUUAAAUGUAGAUCUAAGACCCAAAAGGCCUUCUUGUGAAACUUUUGAGGGAGAGCAAGUGACCAUAUCGACAAAACGCAAACCUCAGAAACACAUAAAAGUUCAGGAAGCUGAAGUAUCUAUUAGUAUAGCCAAAGAGCAAGAAUUUCCAGAUACCCCUGUUAAUGUGCGAUGUGGUGAUACUGUCUUCGCGGUUUAUUCGUAUGUUGCCGAAACAGAAGAGGCUAUUAAUUUAGUUGAAGGAGAAAGACUUUAUAUCUUAGAAACCACGAAUCAAGAUUGGUGGUUUGUUCGUAAACAUCUCACUGAAGAAAAGGGGUGGGUUCCAGCUCAAUAUUUGAUGGAUGAAGCCAACUACACUCUAUAUCUGCAAAAGAAGUUGAAUGAAAAAAUUGAUAAGCUGCCAGUAUUCGAGAAACCAGCAUCUGAAGAACAGGCCGUAGCUCCGAUAUUUGUCGAAAAACUUCGCCCAAAACAUACACCUGAUGGAUCGACGGUACAAUUUGAGUGUCAGGUUGGAGGCUAUCCAAGACCACAGAUUACUUGGUUCAGACAAACAGCAAUAAUUAAACCUUCCCAAGAUUUCCAAAUGUAUUACGACGAUGAUAAUGUGGCUACUCUUGUUAUCCGUGAGGUAUUCCCAGAAGAUGCAGGGACUUUUACAUGUGUUGCAAAGAAUGCAGCCGGUUUUGCAUCUAGUACAGCUGAGCUGACAGUUGAGGCACCACUCUCAGAUCAUGGUUCAGAAAUGACAGUUCUUUCUCGCAAAAGUCUCUCCCGUGAGUCAUCGUUGGCGGACAUAUUAGAAGGCAUACCUCCAACCUUUUCUAAACGACCUAAGGCCCAGUACGUUGACGAAGGUUCAAAUAUAUUCCUGGAAUGCAGGUUAGUUGCUAUCCCAGAACCUGAUAUCGCUUGGUUCUUCAAAGGGGAAGAAGUCAUACCGAACAAUUCCGUCUCUGUAACCACGGAAUCUGAUAUGCACAUGUAUUGUAGUGUCUUAAAAAUAGAAAACGUUAAGAAAUUCCAGGAAGGGACUUAUACGGUUUUAGCCGUUAAUAGAGAAGGUGAAGCAAGCUUGCCUAUUGUUCUUAAAAUAAGGACUGGUGAAAAGGAGAAACCCCAAGUUAUAGAACCAUUAAAGAGUAUGACUAUAAGAGAAGGUGAUAGCGUUGUUCUUUCAACGCAAGUAGUAGGAAGCCCAGAACCUAAAGUGACUUGGUUUAAGAACAAUAAACCAGUUAAAUUAUUAGCUGUAAAGUCAGAUGGUGAUAUUCAUACUAUUACACUUGUUAAACCUGUAAAAGGUAAAGAUGAUGGUGUAUAUUCCCUGAGAGCUAUUAACUCUGAGGGAUCGGUCGAAACAAGUGCAGUUAUAACAAUAGAAGAACCUACGGAAGAAAAUGCGGAACCACCUCUAUUUAUUAAUCGAUUCCAAGAAAUAACUGUGAAAGAAAAAGGAACGAUAAAACUGAGCGCUAAAGUUACGGGUAAUCCAGUACCAACAAUCACUUGGUACAGAAAUAAUCAGAUUAUCAUACCAAAUGAAAGAGUUUCACAAAACUUUGACGGUGAAAACAUUUGCUUAAUUAUUACAAACGUUGAUUCGGAAGUGGAUUCUGGCGAUUAUAAAUGUGUGGCGGCAAACUCUGCUGGUAAAGCAUCUCAUGGUGCUCGCGUUACUAUUGAUGUAGAAAGAGUAACAUUUAUUAAAAACUUGAAACACCAACAUGUAACAAAGGAAGGUCAAACUGUUAUCUUAGAAUGUGAAACAUCACACACGGUUUCUACGAAGUGGUAUCACAAUGAUAACGAACUCAGUGGCAUGGAUCAUAGAGAAAUUAUUCAAGAAGGUCGCAUUCAUAAAUUGAGAAUAAAGAAAACGAAACUUUCUGAUAAAGGAAUAUUUAAAUGCAUUGUCAAAGAUCAAGAAACCCAUACUCAGCUCUUUGUUGAUGAAACUAUUCCCGAAUUCUUACGUAAACUUCAAGAUUUCGAGGUUAAAGAACGAGAUGUUGCUAUACUAGAAGUUGAAAUUAGUUCGGAGAACGCCGAUGUAGUUUGGGAAAAAGAUGGACAAACCAUAAAGCCGAAAAAGAACAAAUAUGAACUGGAAAAAAGAGGGAACAUUAGAAAACUAUUCAUCAGAAACACUUCUGUUCACGAUGAAGGUGAAUAUAUUUGUAAAUUACAAAAUGAUGCCUGUUCUGCUGAGGUUACUGUAGUGGAACUUCCUCCAGAAAUUAUAUCAAGAUUGCAAAACCAAAGGGUUAACAAAGGAAACAAAGCAACGUUUGAAAUAGAAUUAACUAAAGGUGAUGCUCUUGUGAGAUGGUUAAAAGAUGGAUAUGAAAUACAACUUUCAAAUCACAUGCAACUUACUAUAGAUGGCAAAAAACAAAAACUGAAAAUAUAUGAUUGUGACAGUAGCGAUGCUGGUGACUACUCGUGUGAGGUUGGUAAUGAUCGUUGUACUGCAAAGCUCAUUGUAGAUGAACCCACAGUUGAUUUCACUAUAAGGCUUCCCGAAGUUAUAGUUGUACAAGCUAACACAGAUGCACAUCUAACGGUAGAGCUUCCACACGAUGCUCUAACCGUUGUUUGGUACAGACGUAAGACAGUAAUCGAGGAUUCGGAAAAGUUCACACUUAUAUCCGAUGGCAGAAAACGAACCCUUAUCAUACGUAAAUGUUUAGAAGAAGACCAAUCUGACUACUCAUGUCAGCUACUAGACACCAAAUGCACGACGAAACUUAAGGUGGAAGUAAUCGAGUUUGCACCUAAGAUCAUCUCCUACGAGCCAACUUAUAGAAUCCGUCGGGGUGGUAACAUUAAAAUUGAGGUGGUAUAUGCAGCACAUCCUCCGCCACAUGAUAGCUGGACUAAAGAGGAUAUACCCGUUAAACGGUCUAAGUUAUCGCGGUCAUCUUUAUUGCCCGACCUGGCGUCCCUAACCCUGCACAAGCUCGAUACCACUCACUCCGGAAAAUACGCACUUACUUUAAGUAACAACGUUGGAACGGCUACCGUUAAUAUGGAUGUUAUCGUUAUUGAUAUACCAUCCCCUCCUGGCAAACUUGUUAUUUUGGAGGUGGGCGAUACCAGUGUAAAUGUUUUCUGGUCUCAACCUGAAGACCUCGGCGGCUCCAACAUUGAAUGCUACAUCCUAGAGUACCAGGAGGAGAAUACAAUAGAGUGGAUAUCUAUUGAAAACAUUAAAAAAACGCAGUAUUGCAUCGAGAAUCUUAAAACAAAUUCAUCUUAUAGAUUUAGAGUAUUUGCAGUAAACGAAGUUGGAGUGAGUGACGCUUCAGAACUUACUGAUUACAUCCUCAUAAAGAAGUUUAUCAAAUCACAGGCACCCACUAUCGUAAAACCAUUAACAGAUGUUAUCGGAGAACCGAAUGAUGAAGUAGAAUUAAAUUGCAUUUUCGGAGGCAUUCCCGAACCCAAAGUGGUUUGGUAUAGAAACGGAAAGCAAUUAAAAACAGCAAAAGCAACUUACAUUGAUCGAGUUGCAUCGUUGUUAGUAACAGCAAGCAAAACAACAGAAGGUAGUUACAAAUGUGUAGCAUCAAAUACGGAAGGUGAAAUUAGUACUAGUUGUACACUACAGAUAAGACAGAAACCCAUUAUUACCAUAUUAGAGGAGGAAAUCAUACAAAAACACGUAGUUGGCGAAGAAUGGUGUAUUUCUGCAUUUAUUAAUGGCAUUCCAAGUCCUGAUAUCAAUUGGUCCAAAGACGGUAUUGGGAUUGACGAGGAAGUAGAGGUGAUAACGGAUGAGAACACAAGUAUUAUAAGGAUAAAGCAAUUGCAAAGAAGGCAUUCCGGGAGAUACACAAUCACAGCUAGUAAUGAUGCUGGUUCUACUUCCAUUGAUGCAAUUCUCAAAGUUUAUGAUAAACCUAGUCAACCAGAAGGGCCAGUGAUAAUGAGAGAGAUAAGCCGCGAAUCAGUGACAAUAGAGUGGAAGCCGCCAUUAGAUGAUGGUGGACUUGAACUGAUCAAAUAUGCAAUUGAAAAACUGGAACCAGAACUUAAUCAAUGGGUUAAAGUAGCUGAUGUAGACAAAAACAUAGAAUCAUAUUGUAUACAAAGACUCAGUGAUAGCUGCGAAUACAUGUUCCGUAUUCUCGCCCAAAACCCCGUUGGAAUUUCCGAAGCUUUGGAAAGCGAUCCCAUCAUUAUUAAGAAUGCUUUGGAUGUACCCUCUCCACCACUUGGUCCUCUUGGUAUUUAUGGUGUGGAAAUUGAUGGGGUUACGAUUUCAUGGUAUCCUCCUGAAAGAAAUGGUGGCUCAGCUAUAAUAGACUACUCUAUAGAGAUUCAGGAAGAUGGUGCUCAGUGGCGUUUCAUUGCUACUUCAAUAAACACUUUUGCCAAAAUUUCUAAUCUUAAAAAGAAUUCAACCUACCAAUUUAGGAUUAGUGCGAGAAAUGAAAUAGGCACCAGCAUGCCGUAUAUAUCCGAUGAGAAGGUCACCAUCGGUAAAACAGCUACGGCCCCGGGACAACCGCAGUCUGUACAAGCGUGUGAAGUCACUUCCCGAUCUGUGACGCUUCGCUGGACUCCACCUGCUAGCGAUGGAGGUUCAUCGCUUACAAAUUAUAUAAUAGAAUGCAAGACAUCAAAAACAAAAUGGUCAAAAGUUGUGACGGUUUCAUCUGGAGUGCUGCAACAUUGUGUAGAACAUUUAAAACACAAGGACGACCUUAUCUUUAGAGUGUCGGCUGAAAAUGCUAUAGGCGUUGGACCACCCAUGGAAUCAGAAAGCGUUAGAUUAGAAAAACACGCCACCGUUCCCUCACCGCCAACCGGGCCAUUAGAAAUCCGUAUGCUGGGAACCAAUAUAACAUGCUCCUGGGGAACGCCGGAGUGGGACGGUGGCUCGCCACUUCUUGGCUAUAACAUUGCGAUUCGUGACGUCACUAAAACCAUGUGGAUGGAAGUAGGCAAAGUGGACGCUGGUGUUCUCAAGUUUAAUAUUCGAGAUCUGGGAGAGGACCACACCUACCUGAUCCGAAUAUAUGCCCGAAAUGAGAUUGGAUUAAGUGAACCUCUAGAGCCGAUCGAACCCUUAAGGGUACUACCUUGUGAAGAUUCUCGUGCGGAAGCCAGCGAAUUUAGUGAAAUGACUGCAGGAACUGAACCCACAUCUUUCAGUCAGCCGACAUCCUCGUGGUUGCGCGAACACAAUAUGGAUGCCGAUAUCCGUUCGUACGCGCGAGGCUCACUUUUGCGAAGAGACGAAUACUUCUUCCGCAUAUGGCUAUACGCGAAGCAGCUAUUCAAAUAAAUAAUAGACCGGCGUUCCAAUCGCGUGAAAGCCACUUACUAACUACGUGCUCAUCACGUGACUCUGACCUGUGAUAAAACGCAAUAACGAUGUAGUAAAUGCGACAGUUCUAUUAUUUAUACUUGAUAUUUAUUGUAGAGUUAGAAUAAAGCGUCCUUCACGUCGGCACGCUAUCCAGCUGGGAGACAUAAAUAUAGGUGCAUAAAUAAAGAGCUGGACGGCGAAUCGACGUUGACUGGUCGGCUUUUCUUUUUGUAUUUUGUAAAAUAUAUAUGCAAUUAUCAUCAUAA